CUCCCCCACCGCCUCCCUGCCCGCCCGGAUCCAGCCGGGCGCCCCGUGCCGCGGUCGCGUUGCUCGGCAGAGCUGCUGCGGGCGCUCGCCGUCUCUGCGCGGGCUUGGAAUAUGGUUGGGGAAAUGGAAACCAAGGAGAAGCCGAAGCCGAGCCCCGAUUACCUGAUGCAGCUGAUGAACGACAAGAAGCUGAUGAGCAGCCUCCCCAACUUCUGCGGGAUCUUCAACCACCUCGAGAGGCUGCUGGACGAAGAAAUUAGCAGAGUACGGAAAGACAUGUAUAACGACACAUUAAAUGGUAGUACGGAGAAGAGAAGUGCAGAAUUACCAGAUGCUGUGGGACCUAUUGUACAGUUACAAGAGAAACUAUAUGUGCCUGUAAAAGAAUAUCCAGAUUUUAACUUUGUUGGAAGAAUCCUUGGGCCCAGAGGACUAACAGCUAAACAGCUUGAGGCAGAAACAGGAUGCAAGAUAAUGGUCCGAGGGAAGGGCUCAAUGAGGGACAAAAAGAAGGUCUCCUUUAAGAGCAGAGACAGCCAUGAUGCAGCAAUUUUGGAGGUAGAGGAAGAACAGAAUCGAGGCAAGCCCAACUGGGAGCACCUGAAUGAAGAUUUACAUGUACUUAUCACUGUGGAGGAUGCUCAAAACAGAGCAGAAAUAAAGCUGAAGAGAGCUGUUGAAGAAGUAAAAAAGUUACUGAUACCUGCAGCAGAAGGAGAAGACAGCCUUAAAAAGAUGCAGCUGAUGGAGCUUGCGAUUUUGAAUGGCACCUACAGAGAUGCCAACAUCAAAUCACCAGCCCUUGCCUUUUCUCUUGCAGCAACAGCCCAGGCUCCAAGGAUUAUUACUGGGCCUGCGCCUGUUCUCCCACCAGCUGCCCUGCGUACUCCUACGCCAGCUGGCCCUACCAUAAUGCCUUUGAUCAGACAAAUACAAACCGCUGUCAUGCCAAACGGAACUCCUCAUCCCACCGCUGCAAUAGUCCCACCCGGACCCGAGGCCGGUUUAAUUUACACACCAUACGAGUACCCCUACACGCUGGCACCAGCUACAUCAAUCCUUGAGUACCCUAUUGAGCCUAGUGGUGUAUUAGGUAUGGCUUUCCCAACGAAAGGCUAAGAAUUCAAGAACGGUCUUAACUGAUCCUUCAUCAGAUCUGAAUUUUAACAAAUGCUUAGUUUUCAGCAGCCUUGAAAAAAGCUUGGCCUAGCAGUCAGUGACUUACUUGCACUUUUUUGCACAUAGAUUUAAAAUAAAAUAGUGCUAUUAAUUUGGAUUAGGUCCUAUUAUUACAGAGUAGCUGUAAUUUAUGAGUGUAUAGUAGUAUACUGACUGCUAAGUGUUCUAUAUAGUGUUUGCUUUACUAAUCACCUAAUUCAUUGCAGUUCAUACUUAUUGACUUAAAGUUUAAAAUCACAAUCUGUAGGCUUGAAGAAUUGCUUUAAAACUUAUUUUUUUGUGGUAGAACUGGAAGUGAUCUUAAGGUUAGCAAAUAAUUGUCAGUAUUAAAGAUGGCAUUAUUUAAAAUAGUCCUGCUGCAAGAAAGGCACUUCAGUGAAUAUGUGACUAGUAAAGCUUAAAUGUGCUUGGGUCUAAUAGAUUUCAUGAAAUACUGUAAUUUUGGGAUUGUAAAUGAAUGGAUUAAACAGGUUAAGGCCAGGAUGUUUAAAAUAAAUGCAAUAUUAAUCUGCACAGAUAAACUUCUUUUUAAGAUUAAGAUUUGAAACUACUGUGCCUUAACUUGUUGCUUUUCUUAAAAUGAACUUUUGUAGUUAAUGAUCAUUUAAAUCCAUUUUGAUAAACCUGCUGUUAAUGUUUUCUGUGAAUGUUUUCUAACUUUGUCUUGGUAAUUGCAAUUUAACUAGGUGCGGUGGCUACUAAAGUUCGAAGGCACGAUAUGCGUGUCCAUCCUUACCAAAGGAUUGUGACCGCAGACCGAGGUUAGUUUAGUUCUGCAGUUCUUGUUUGUAAGAAGUGCUUUGAGUGUACAUGAGAUUUGCAACACCACAGCUGGUUAACCAAAUACCCAGUCUUGACCCAUUCAUGAUUUUUCUCAAAAUCCUGGACAGUUAAUGUUUUAAAGCUUUGGGAAUGCUUGCAGUUUUAAAAAAUAUUUCUAAACUUGGCUUUCCCAGCUCAAUUAAAUAUAUAUACACUUUGAUAUAUUUAACAGAAAUUCUACAACUGAUUGAGUUUUAAAAAUGAAACAUCUAUCUGCAUCAGGAAACGCUAUGAAAUCAGUGCUGCAAUAAUUAAUUUGGUCGUGUUCCCCUCCUUCCCCCCCUGCCCCCGGUUCAUUCUUUUAAUUGGCGUGGAAAUAUCAGAUUGGUGUUGCAAAACAAAAUGAAUGGAUGGUUGCUUAAUGAGAAAGAAGUAAAGGAAUAAAUGCCUCCUGUCUGUGUUUGGAGAAAUCUGAAGAUUUAGAUUCCUUUUUUUCCAAUAAACUUUUGAGCCACUGUACUGUAUAUUAUGAGGAGGAUGCAUGUUCUCAGAUACCUGACUGAAUUCAGAAAGGUAAGGGCUGUGAAGAUAACUUCAAAAGUUGUUUCAGUUUGAAUUAGUAUGGGUAGGGGAAGGGAGGGUGUUUUGGUUGUUUUGGUUUCUGUUUGGUUUUGGGGUUUUUUUCCAAAAUCUAUUUCUUGGUGUUUGCCUUUUGCUGCUAAAAUGUGUAACCUGAAGGAGAAACAACUUUUGAAUACCUGUUGGUGAGAUGACAUCCAAUAUUUGGGCAUCUCUCUUUAACCCUUGAAUGGAAAGUAAAUCUUCAUUUUUCUCCUGUUCCUCAAGUGUCAUGCCUUUGGACCCCUGAAUGAAGUGUUUAUUAAGCUUAUUGAGAAAACUGAUAUUUUCGGUUUAUUGACAUUGGCUAGGAAGCAGUGUGGGGGAUGAAUUCUUAUCCCGUCCCUGCUGCUGACUCACUGUGGUUUUCAGCAAGUCAUUUAAUCCCUCUGUGUAUGGUUUCCCAUUGGUCAAAUAAGGAUAAUAAUACUUCCCUACCUCACAGGGGUGUUGUGGGGGUUCUUGUUUUGUACAGGGCUUUGAGGAUGCAAAGCAUUAUGUGCCAAGUAUUAUUAUUCUGCUCUCAUCCAAAUCAGUGUUGUGCAGAUUUCCAUUAUGUUGUAAUAUUCAAAAGCCAAAUUCCAGUGACAGAUCUGACAUCUCCUAACUUUGACCACACUUCUCACAACCUUCCAUAAAUUAACUACAAGAGAGAAUACAGAUUCUGGUCAAUACAGUAAAUGGGGCCCUCCUGGAUAUUUGGUAUAUUUAUGUAACAUUUUUAUCUUUGAUAUGAUCUUAAGGCUUUACAGAAAGUGUAAAGCUGAUACAGGACACUUCUUUAGUUUUCUGUAAGAUUGUUUUAUAUCACUGCCCACUAUUUGCAGCCCAUUGGCUUGUUCGCAUUUCUUGAGAACUCUUCAAUGGGGCAACAGGAUAUAAUCAAUUAAAUGUCACAGCCCAUGUUUCCAAAAAAAAAAAAAAAAGAGUAAAAAAGAAAGUAGGUCUUAAUAUUCUUUUUUUUUUUUUUUUUUCAAUCUCAGUCAAGAGAAAUUGAUGAUAAUGAUUUGGUUGUCUUUGAAAAUUUGACCUGAUGUUGCAAAAAACAGUUUAAAAGGUUUUGGUGAUGACUUUGUUCAGCAUUAUUUCUUUUUUUUAAUUUACUGAAAUUAUAUUGUAGAAUUAAAAUACUGUCAGUAUUUGCCAUAUUCACCUAUUUGGCUGUUCUGUCACCAGGAUAUUUCUAUAGCUAUGGCCACAAAAAGCAAUGUCAGCAAACCGAAAUAACUUCUUUUUCCAAUGUGGAAAUAUUUUUUUAUGUAGUUAAAUGUCACUAAAUCUGUCUACAUUCAUCGGGUCUAAAGUUGGUGGUUUUUUGGUUUUUUUAAAAUUCUAAAUUUACUGUCAGAUGAUUCUGUAGUACUACUGCAUUCACUUUUUAAGUAGUUUUUAUUCUUUGCAUAAUUUUGGUUUUUUGUUGGGGUUUGGGUUGUUUUUCCAGAGAUAAGCACUGCAUUUAAAGCAAGAAUCCCCAAAUGUGUAAAUGUUUUACAACUAAACAUGUAGAAUUGGUGAAGGGUUGGAAAAUAUAGCUCAUUUUAACUCAGAAUAAAACCCCAGUUUAUAAAUAAUACAAAAUUGAAUUUGAUUCAUAUAACAGAGAGACUGACUGAUUUAAUUGUAAUAAACUGUAAAUGGUGUUGCACAGUUGACAAACCUGUGUGUACUGUAGAAGGCCAGAGACUUGGCAGAGGAUGUAUCACAGGUGUCCUGGUAUUUUAUAAAGGUAGCUUGCUUUGAUUUUAAACUCCACAAGAAAUAUUAAUGCUGAGAAUUUUCUCAAAUGUUUUAUCCAAACCAAUUUUCACAUAAUUUAUAUAUAAAUUUUAAUACCUUUUAAUCAAAAUUGUAAUGAGUAUCAAAAUGCUUUAAGAGUCUGUUUCUAGUGUACCUGUAAAGUGGUAAGAUUGUGCCACAUAAAAUAUUUAUUUUUAUUUUUUCUUCUUUUUGAAACAGCUGUUAUAAUUUAAGCAAAUCCCACUUAGCAUGAUUCUGAAAAAAAAUUCAGGGAGCGUUUGAUCUCAUUUAUGUUACAGUAGUAAUUUUUUGUAGUGUUAUGAACUGUAUCCUAAAUGAUAGGCCACUUUUAUUAUGUGAAAGUAAAUGAACCCACAAGAAAGAUUGUUAAAUCGAUGGUAUCUGUGAAUAUUACACCUACUGGACUUCAUUUUAUGUAAUGGCACAAAUCUGACUUUGCACUGAAUACCUUUCUCACUUUCAUCUCCUCUGCCUUAGUCAAAAUGGCAACAGUACAGAAACUUUUAUCAACCUCAGAAUUUCUUAGCUCUAAUUAAGCUGUUGAAUGAGUCUUAAAAGAAAAAUUUAAAAAUUAUACUACUGUUAAGUGGACCAAGUUUGGUGAAGGAGAAUGCAAGAGAAUGAUUAAAGAAGGAAUAGCUCAAGAACAUUGGGAAUGAUAACUUUCCACUUGAGAACUUUUUUAUGUUUUACUGUAAUUUGUUUGUGGUUUUGGGUUUUAUUUUUUUGUUUGUUUUGUUGUUUUUUUCUUUUUCCUUUUUUUUGUUUUGCAAAAGAAAAUAGUAUUUACAGGUGGCUUCUUUUAAAAUAUAAAAAUAUAAAGCAGGAAUGUAUAUGAAAUGUCAGAUUUUAUUGUAUUUGCAGAGUAUUAGCUUUGAAAAUGAAUAAAGAGAGCUGUUUGUAGUUUUAAAAUGCCUUAUUAGUAUCAAUUAGAUAUUUUCUCUAUUUUUUCAUGUACUUAGAGCUUUUUAAGUAUAGACUUUAAAAUGGCAGGACUUCUACAGUGUUUACAUGCAAGUGCAUUUUAUAAGUGUCCUAUAUGUGUAAAAUAGUAUUUUGAACGGGAAAAUGCUAGCUAUAGUAGCAGGCUGAGCGUUUUCCUGGUUUCCACGAUGAUGCCUACGUUGCUAGACUACAGUUUAUAGUACUGCUUUGUAUCAUGAGGCCAAGAAAUUCCAUGUUGUUUGUAAAUAGAAUAAAUGAAAGGCAAUAAAAAAUUUAUUGAACAAAAA